AGAACACUUAAGCCCAGUUCACAAAACAGAAGCCAUCUUCAGGAGUAGAGUUUGGGAAAACAAAAAAUAGCAAGAAAAAAAACAACUUAUAUGUAAGGCAACCUUAGGGAGACAGAACAACGAAAGAGAGGCGUUUUAUAAAUUUUCUAGCAGCUAUGACAUAGGACAUAUUAUUUUAAUGCAAAGCAGUGAAGAACUACCCUACUAGUCUAAACUACGCCCAUUAACCUUUAAUCAUUUAGACCCCUUAAUCCUCUAAUCAUUGGAUCAUUAACAUUCAAAUAUCCUGGAAGAUUGGCUUAUCUGUAUUUUAAGAGGAAGCCGGACCUACAUUUUACGUCGGUUCUUUGACCAUUCGUUGGAGCUCGGGUUUUCAGCCUCUUUCCGGGCUACCUUGUAGCAAUUUGAGGGUCAGUCGUCAGUUUCUGCUUGGUUUCAAAGAUCCAGGAGAAGCUUAGUGUUCAAGACGCAGAUGGACCCAUCACAGCAGUUUAGUCCAACCUCCAUCCCAGAGUCUUCACAAAUGCUGACCCAAGAAAAUUCUCGGGACGAUUCAGGGGCCUCUGAGAUCUGUUCCGAGAUGUUGAUAAAGAACCUUAGUAACUUGACUAUCAAUGCCAGUAACGAAUCCCCUUCCCCUCUGUCAGAAGAUUCACUCCAUCGAGUGAUAGAUGGAAUUGCUGCAAGAGCACCAGUCCUCAGGGAAAUCAGAGAUGACUUGAUUUACAGGAGGAGAGGAGUAAGAACAUUGCUGUCUGUGCAGAGAGAAAGAAUGGCAAGAUUCAGAUACAUGUUACUCGGCAGAGUUCGUACGCAUCAAAGAAUACUAACAAACACUGGGCUUAAGGGAGUUAGGGAAUCAAGACCAUUCAAAUGUCCCUGCAGUUUCUGCGUGUCCAAUGGAUGGGAUCCUUCUGAGAAUGCUAGAAUAGGGAAUUACGACACCAAGCCACUUCAGCCAUAAAACUUACUCUUGCACCUUUUUCUUCUUGCUGGUAAUUUUAUGUAGCAGGUUGUGAAAGCUACUCUAUGCUAGUAUAGACUAUAUACCAACAAUAUUAAUGAGUUCUAGGAUGUAUGUUUCUUCUUGUAUCUUUUUCUUCCUACUAUGAUACUAGUAAUUUGUAAGGGAUCUGUGUCAUUUGAAUGUAUUUGAAUAACUUUAGCUCUACUGUUUGAUUUGACCCAAAGACGACAUAAGUAUUCCCAUGUGUCUUAGAAGCCCAAAGUCAGUGAGAUGAAACCCAACAUCAAGAAAUUGAAGCAAAGUUACUUGUGGAUAAAGAAAGCAUUAGGUAGUUUGGCUAUAGCAUAAUAACUAGAUUUUCUGGCUUUCAAAAAUUUGGAUUGCAAUCACAGCACACUUUGUUAUUUUUAUAGUUUUCAGUACAAAAAGGUGUUUAUAUAGAAACAAUAAAGUUGACAUUUGAGUACCUUUUAAAAA